UCUGAUUGGUUGAUAGUCGUACGAUCUAUCUUAUAUCCGCCAAUAAGAGCAAAAUAGAGGGACAAAACCCAGGUUCACCAGCAAUAUGGCUGUCAGUAUAAAUUUGAUGCUUCUAACAUGCGUUUCUCUCCGAAAUAUUUGGCAAAUGGACUCACUUUUAUUAAAUUUUCAUUAAAUGCGCGAUGUGAUGUAACUUUUGUUCAAUUUCAUGAGUGGGAAACUGCGAUGAGUAUUGGUUGAAACCUACAAUAACGGAAGAUUAUUAUUGUAUUUUUAAAUAGAUACCUUAAGUGGUUCUCAUUUGAAACAUAAUCAUGACAUCGAGGUAAUGUAUUUACGGUUAGAUAGAUUAUUUAUAUUAUUAGAAACUGGCACAAAUGCAGUAACCAAAAGAGCAGCAGCCCAGCAACUUGGAGAAGCACAAAGAUUACAUCCUCAUGAUCUUCAUCAUUUAUUAGCUCGAGUUUCGACUCUUUUAAAGUCUCCGCAAUGGGAUACAAGAAUUUCAGCUGCGCAUGCAGUGCAAGCUAUACUUACACAAGUUCCUCCAUGGAAUCCAGACCCGAUAGAAUUGUGCCAGGUUAAGGUUGAAAUAAAUGAAGACAAACAACGAAUAACUAGUAAUAAAUUGACCUUGGAAAAUUUUGAUAUGGAAAAAAUCUUAGCGCGCAGUUCUCAUUUAACUGGAUCAGAGGGAAGCGAGUAUGAUUUGAUUGUACCGGAAGGUGAAAACAUUAAUCAACAGAAUCAAGAGAAGAAAUACAUUACAGAAAAAUUAGGUUUAAAUCCACGAUUGACUGGCAUCGAUACGUCUGAACUAUUUACUUCGGAUGAUCUCCUACCUUCAGUGUGUUCUCCUGUUUCUGAAUCGUCUCAUAAAGUACCCAUUGAGGAAACAUUGAAACAACCAGGUGGACUUAGUAGAAGAGAAAUGAAUAGAGCAAAACGCAAGGCACGACAGACGGUGUCAAAACGAUCACGAGAGACUGAUGAUCCACCGGAUAACGCAUCGACACUGGAAACGAUAGCAAAUAAUAGUGGAGAUGUAAAUAAAAAAGUUAAAUUAGAGGAAGUAAUCUCAUCAAAUACAGGAUCUAUUGGCAGUGCAUCAAAUGAAAUUGUAAAUGGCGUGCCAGAUGGAACUGGUUGUUGGCCAGAAUCUGUUAUCGACUGGCCCUUAGAAUCAUUUGCAGAAAAUCUUUGUCAAGAUUUAUUUAGUCAAAAGUGGGAAGUGCGUCAUGGUGCGGCCACUGCUUUACGAGAACUUGUACGUCUUCAUGGAAAGGGUGCAGGAAAGUCUCGCGAUCAAACAAUACAAGAAAUGAAAGAAAGCCAUUAUCAAUGGGUGAUCGAUGCAGCGUUAAGACUUUUAUGUGUAUUGGGUCUCGAUCGUUUCGGUGACUUUGUAUCUGAUCAAGUAGUUGCACCUGUUAGAGAAACAUGUGCACAAGCACUUGGUUCUCUUUUGCUGUUAAUACCAAAAGAUAAAGAUGACAAAAUCACUAAUAAUGGCAUUAUGGGAAUAGUUUCAAUCAUAUUGAAACUUUUAGAAUAUGAUGAAUGGGAAGCUAGACAUGGCGCUUUGCUAGCAUUAAAAUAUUUAUUGGCAGUACGUGAUGAUCUAUUAGAUGAAGUAUUACCAAAAGUAUUUCCUGCUAUCAUGAAAGGUCUUUCCGAUCCAGUAGAUGAUGUAGGUGCAGCAGCAGCAAGUGCACUCAUACCAGUAGCAUCAGCUUUACCAAGAUUAUUAAAGCCUCCAGAAUUGGAAGCAAUAGUGAAACAACUUUGGCAAUUACUACGUGAACAGGAUGAGUUGGCAGCUGCAUGCAACAGUUUUAUGGGUCUGCUAGCUGCUAUACUUUCUUUACCUGCUGCACGUGCUUGUAUUACACCUCAACCAUUAGCACAGGUAUUACCAAGAUUAUGGCCUUUUCUUAGCCAUUCAAGUUCAAGUGUACGUAAAGCUACAUUACAAACAUUACAAACAUUAACUGGAAAUGACGGUAAUCUGGGUGAAGAUAAAAAAGAAAGAUGGGGUCCAGGAGGUGGAAUCAUAUUACAACAGGCUUUACGUCAUGUAUUUCAACGUGUGUUAAUCGAGCAUGUUACAAUGAUCCAAGAUGUAGCCGUAUGCGUCUGGGAAAAUCUAGUCAUACAGAGUGAUCUUGAACUUCUAUUGCAUGCAGCCUGUCCCUUAGUUAGCACAUGGUUGUGUUUGGCUAUGCAACCGGAGCAUGUGCCAUUUAAUCCAAAUUUAUUAAUGACUAUAACUUCUGGCAAGGGUACAAAAAGUAACCAUCAAAUAGGCGGUAACUGCGAUGGGAUGCAGUCAGACUGUAGUAGCAAUGGUGGAAGUAAUAGUAUUAGUGGCAGUGUCAAAUCUUCUACCGAGCUAAAAGUAUACAUUGGUGGAAUUGAAACUGUAGCGCAAAAUCUCAGACACGCUAAUGUGGUACAAGCACGUUGCAAGGCAUCUCGGAUGCUUGGACUUUUAUCUCAUUAUAUAGUUCAACCGGCACCAGGCGUCAUUUAUACACCAGACAUUCCUAGUCCAGCUGUUUGCUAUGCUAAAGUAUUACUGCCACAUCUUAAUUCACGAUCAGCUUUACAACGAACUGUGGCUGGUCUUACUAUGUCUCAUUGGGCUGUCGUCGAAAAAUCUAAACCACCUGUUAUACCUGAUAUACUUCAGGAUCGACUAUUUCAAUGUUUAACCGAAUGUAUAUUUUACGAUGAGAUAGCUACAUCUUUUACACGUGUAUUACACGAAAGUCGUGAUUACAUAGCAACAUUGAAACAUUAUAAAUUGAAUGUACCCGUAGAAGUAGAUUCGUCUGGUGUACUAACUUUCGAUCAGAUCUCAAUACUCGCUGGAAAACCUAUUUUAGAGCUUUGUGCCAUCAGUAAUGCAACUGGAUCAUCUAGCACAGUGCCCACCGUUGCCGGUAGUAAUGGUAUUGGAAUUAAAUUGAAACCUAAAUUGGUGGACAGUUUAGAAGAAAGGAGACGAGCUUUGGAGGUUGGUGCUGCUGCAACAGCAACGCAACAACAAUCAUUAAAUAUUAUGUCGAUGGCUGCUUUGGCAGGAGCUGCUACUAUGUUACAUUGUUUACCAGAAACUCCACAGCCAUUAAAUCCAAUCGUAAAACCGUUAAUGGAAGCUAUCAAACGUGAGGAGAACGAAGAAUUGCAAAAAUUAGCAGCUAAACAUUUAGCUCAUCUCGUUGAUCUUUGUGUAAAUAGAAAUCCUUCACCAAAUACAAAAAUAUCAACUAAUUUAUGCACAUUUUUGUGUUCGGACACUGAAUUUACACCAAAAGUAGCAAACAUAAAUGAACAUGAUACCUUUGAAGGUAUUCUUACGUUAAAUAACAGGCAUAAGCAUGCAGAAAGAGUAGUUUAUAAUCGUGGAACAGGAAGUGGAAGUGGUAGUGGACGUGGACCAGGUAGGCCACCAAUUACUGAAAUUCCAUUAGAAGAAUUAUUUGCUUGCGAAGAACCUGAAGCAAAAGCUGCUAGAACACGACGUCGUGGAGCUACCUUAGCUCUUACAUCAUUAGCAAAAUUAUUUGGUGCCGAAUUACCUUCACGCUUACCACACCUUUGGGAUUUAAUUUUGCCAAGUGUAUUAAGAAAAGGAUCAGAAGAUCCUCUUCCUAAGGAUUCCCAAGAAAAAGCUAAUCAACUUAUUUCUGGAUUACAAGUACUUGAAAUUAUGGCACCAAAUUUACAUUCUUCUUUACUGCCACCAGCACUCGAGUGUUUACCUCGUUUGUGUGAUCUAUUAGCACACCCUUAUAAAGCUGUUAGACAUAUGGCAGCACGAUGUAUAGCUAUAUUAGCUAGUGUGGAUGCAGAUAAGGCAAUGCAACAUGUAAUACAUAGUGUGAUACCAUUAUUAGAAGCUAGCAGUAGAGAAAGAAAUCCAUCAUCUAAAACUCUUACAGCCCCAAAUGAAAUAGAUUUGAUGAGACAGGGUGCUGCUGAAGCAUUGGCCUGUAUUAUCGAAACCUUAGGCGUCAAUGUCAUUCCAUAUUCGGUACUUUUUAUGGUACCUUUGCUUGGUAGAAUGAGUGAUCAAAAUCAAGCUGUUAGAUUAGUUUGCAGUGCAACAUUUGCAACAUUAGUACAAUUGUUACCUCUUGAUCCUGGUGCGAUUGCUGAUCCACCUGAUUUAAUAGAAGAGAAGGCUCAAGAAAGGAAAUUUUUAGAACAACUGUUAAAUCCUCGCAGUAUACCAGAUACAGAGUUACCAAUUCAUGUAGAAGCAGAAUUACGUAGUUAUCAACGACAAGGAUUAAAUUGGUUGAAUUUCCUAAAUCGUUAUCAUUUACAUGGUGUUCUGUGUGAUGAUAUGGGUCUUGGAAAAACCCUACAAACUCUUUGUAUAUUAGCAUUGGAUCAUCAUCGUAAUACACAGGCACCACCUAGUUUAGUAGUGUGCCCACCAACUUUAACAGGUCAUUGGGUCUAUGAAGCAGAAAAAUUUUUCCAAACUGAGGAUCUUUCAGUUAUUCAAUACGCUGGAACACCUCCAGAACGUGAAAAAUUAAGGCCACGCCUUUUACAACACAAAAUGGUUGUAUUAAGUUACGAUAUUGUACGAAAGGAUAUAGAAUUCUUUGAAGCACUUCAAUGGAAUUAUUGUGUACUUGACGAAGGUCAUGUGAUAAAGAACGGCAAGACUAAGAGUGCACAAGCAGCUAAACGUUUACAUGCUAAUCAUAGGCUGAUAUUAUCUGGUACACCAGUACAAAAUGAUGUACUUGAAUUGUGGUCUCUCUUCGACUUUUUAAUGCCAGGUUUUCUUGGUAGCGAGAAACAAUUUGCGGCUAAAUAUUCUCGUCCUAUUUUAGCUUGCAGAGAACCUAAAGCUGGCCCUAAAGAACAGGAAGCUGGUGCUUUGGCAAUGGAAGCUCUUCAUAGACAGGUAUUACCAUUUUUACUAAGACGAAAUAAAGAAGAUGUACUACAAGAUUUACCACCUAAAAUCACGCAAGAUUAUUAUUGCGAUCUAUCACCAUUACAACGUACUCUUUAUGAAGAUUUCCGUACACGACAUUCUGCUGCCUUUACCUCUAAUGUUUCAUGUACAUCUGCAAAUGAUCCUCAUGGUGGUCAUGUCUUUGAAGCAUUACGUUACUUACGUAACGUAUGUAAUCAUCCUAAGCUAGUAUUAAGUCCAAAGCAUCCUUUGUAUCAAUCAGUUUGCAAUAUGAUGAAACAACAGCAAACUACUUUAGCUGAUAUCGAACAUGGAGCUAAGUUGCCAGCUUUAAAGCAAUUGUUACUAGACUGUGGUAUCGGACAAUCUAAUCAACAAAGUCGGAAUUCAGCAUCAGCCAGUUCCACCAAUGAUAAUCAACAUACUCAGCAACAAUUAGUGAGCCAGCAUCGUGCUCUUAUAUUUUGUCAAUUAAAAGCGAUGCUUGAUAUCGUAGAAAAAGAUUUACUUCGAACUCAUUUACCAACAGUAACAUAUUUGCGCCUUGACGGAAGCGUACCAGCUACUCAAAGGCAUUCUGUUGUUUCACGUUUCAAUGCUGAUCCUUCUAUAGACGUUUUAUUAUUGACUACUCAAGUUGGUGGUUUAGGAUUAAAUUUGACAGGCGCUGACACCGUCAUUUUCGUCGAACACGAUUGGAAUCCUAUGAAGGAUCUUCAAGCAAUGGAUCGAGCUCAUCGUAUCGGUCAGAAGAAAGUUGUCAAUGUAUAUCGUCUUAUAACUAGGUCUACUGUUGAAGAGAAAAUUAUGGGAUUGCAGAAGUUUAAAUUACUUACCGCCAAUACUGUGAUUUCUACAGAAAAUGCUUCUUUGGAAACUAUGGCUACCGAUCAAUUAUUAGACUUAUUCUCUUUGGAAAAUAAUAAAGGGAUAAAAUUAGAUAAUCAAGAAAAUAUUGGAGUAUCUAAAGUAUCUUGUGUACAAGGUGUUAAUCGGUCAGUACUUGAAAUAUUACCUGAACUUUGGGAACAACAACAAUACGAUGACGAAUACGAUCUUGAUAUAUUUUUAACAACUUUAAAAUCUGAACCUCAAUAACCAGCAACAACAAUAGAAGCAGCGUUUCUCUAAUAAUCACGACUAUCGUUGAUAACAUUAUCUAUUUCACACAAGUAUAAUUAUUUAGUAAUUGUACAUAAAUUAUAACAGAUGAAAUUUAUUGUAAGAAAGGAAGAAAAAGAGAA